AUGGAAGAUCCGAGUCUAUGGCUUCAUCUAUUCCUUUCAGCUGUGCUCGUCCUACUGGGCGGGGCCUUUUCGGGCUUGACGAUCGCCUUGAUGACUCAAGAUGAAGUUUAUCUCCGAGUUAUUGAACUAUCCGGCGAUGCCAUCGAUCAACAGAACGCCAAAAAGGUCCUUGCGCUUCUGAGCCGAGGAAAACACUGGAUACUGGUGGCCCUUUUACUCGGCAAUGCCAUCACUAGUGAGGCCCUGCCCGUUGUUCUUGAUCAAUUCCUUGAUGGUGGGGCCGCAGUACUGAUAAGUACCGCUCUGGUUGUGGUAUUCAGCGACAUUAUCCCGCAAUCUGCUUGCGCCCGCCACGCACUCAAAGUCGGUGCAAAUAUGGUACCUUAUGUUUCAAUAUUUAUGAACAUUAUUUCUCCAAUCGCUUGGCCCAUUGCCAAAUUGCUCGAUGUUCUCGUUGGAGACCACGACCUCACGGGAUACAAGAGACCCGGGCUCAAGGCGCUCAUUUCUCUUCAUUCAGUACUGGGGCAACCCGACGAUCGUCUCAACUCUGACGAAGUGAAAAUUAUUCAUGGUGCCCUUGGAAUGAUUGAAAAAACAGUGACACACAUCAUGACGCCCAUGGAAGAUAUAUUCUCUCUGCCCGCCGAUGCAUUCUUGGACGAAUACACAAUGGAUCGGAUUAGGGCCCAAGGAUAUUCCCGGAUUCUCGUUCACGCUCCCGAUAACCGCAUGGAUAUUGUCGGCGUGUUACUUGCAAAGAGUCUGAUCAAAUACAACCCCAAGCUGUGCAAAAGGGUGUGCGAAUUCGACUGGUUUCCAAUUCCCGUCAUUCACUCCAGGACGACCUGUCUAAAUGUUCUCAAAAUCUUUCAGGAAGGAACAUACCAUAUGGUCAUUGUCAGUCAGAAAGAGAGAAAUCUGGUUCUUGGAAUAGUCACGCGAGAGGAUAUCCUUGAAGAGUUGAUCGGCGAAGAUAUCUUGGACGAGUUUGACAACAGAUCCAACAGAGCCACCAAGAUAACGCGUCGAAUGAAUCUCCUCCCUACACCCAGGACCUCAACUGAGACGAUUGUCGAAAAACCUCCCAUAAUCGCCGUAUCCGCACCAGAGAGCGAAGUGAUCGAUGCUUGGGUGAAAAAAACUACUCUCCCUCCGAAAUACGGCUCCGUUGAUUAUUUCAACUCUGCACCUCAAUGGAAAUAUAUCCAGAGCUAUCUUGCACAAACACGGAAAAAGCGACAAAUCGAGACAGUUACAAAACCUUUGGAAACACCAUACGGGACGAUAUCAUGA